AUGUGGAGCUGCCCGGGGCCCAUCCCGCUGUUCCUGGCGCUCGCCGUCGUCCCCGCGUGCGCCGCGCUGAAGGUGACCCCAGCUGUGCUCUACACCAAACCCAAACCUUCCCAGGCAGCAGCUUCUCCCCAGUCCGUCCCGGGAAAAAUCCCAUUUCCAGCAGCUCCGGGCAGAGCCGGGCUCCCCACGCUCUUCCCCUUGGAGAAUUCCACGCUGGACUCGGCCGAGCUCUUCUUCAACUGCUGCGACUGCUGCCCGCCCGUGGUGGGACCCCGGGGCUGGCCAGGGCCACAGGGACCCCCAGGUCCCAAGGGGGAGAAGGGAGAUGCUGGGCUGCCGGGAACUCCUGGCCCUCAAGGUCCGAAAGGCUCUAAAGGAGAAAGAGGAGGAAAAGGGGAGCCAGGGGAGCGAGGAGAGAGUGGAAGCCCCGGUUAUCCAGGGAAACCUGGGCUGCAAGGUGAAGCUGGAACCAAAGGCAAUAAGGGCAACUACGGCUUCCCUGGACUGAAGGGACAAAAGGGGGCUAAGGGGGACACCUGUGACAACGGCACCAAAGGAGACAAAGGGGACAGGGGGGAUCCUGGAGAGCCGGGAGUGGGAGGAGAACAGGGGGACAAGGGAGAAAAGGGGGACACGGGGGACAAGGGAUACUGUGGGGAGCCGGGGGGCAGAGGGGCCAAGGGCGACAGAGGGGAAGGAGGCAGCAAGGGGGAAAAGGGCAGCAAAGGGGACACGGGCACCGAGGGCAGCCGGGGGGCGGCCGGCAGGCAGGGAGAGAAGGGCGAGCAGGGCCAGAAGGGUGACAAAGGGGACCUGGGCACGGCGGGGCCCAAGGGCGAGCCCGGCCCUAAGGGUGGCCGAGGCGCCCCGGGCAGGAAAGGGACCCGCGGGGCCAAGGGCGCCUGCGGAGACAUCCCCAAAUCCCCGCGCUCGGCCUUCAGCGCGGGGCUGUCCAGGCCUUUCCCUCCUCCCAACGUGCCCAUCAGGUUUGACCGCGUGUGGUACAACGAGCGCCGGGACUACGACCCCGCCACGGGCAAGUUCAACUGCAGCGUGCCCGGCGCCUACGUCUUCUCCUACCACGUCACCGUGCGCGGCCGCCCCGCGCGCCUCAGCCUCGUGGCCAGCAGCAGGAGGGUGGCCAAGGCCAGGGACACCCUCUACGGCCAGGACAUCGACCAGGCCUCCUUCCUGACCAUCCUCAAGCUGAGGGUUGGUGACCAAGUGUGGCUGGAGGUUGGGAAGGAUUGGAACGGGCUCUACGCCGGCGCGGAGGACGACAGCGUCUUCACGGGGUUCCUGCUCUACCCUGAUGGCUUUGAGGUUCUUCUCUGA